GGCGACGGGACUGACCGGCUGGGCCCUGUUCUGCUCCGCCCUGCCCGGGCUCUCGGCGGAUGGUGGCGUCGAGGAGGGUCGCCCCCGGGCUAGGAUGAGUUGCCCCUCGGCGCCCCCCGGGCUGUCCCCGCUGCCCCCCGGACCCGCCGCCUCCGCCGCCACCCGCUCGCUGCAUGUGGAGCUGCCCUCCCAGCAGCGGCGCCUUCGCCACCUGAGGAGCAUCGCUGCCCGGAACAUCGCCGUCACCGGAAGGAACGGCCACCGGCUCCUCGACACCUACUUCACGCUACACCUGUGCAGUGACCGGCAGAUACACAGAGAGUUCUACCGGAGUGAAGUGAUCACCAACUCUCUGAACCCAACGUGGAGGAGUCUGGAUUUUGGAAUCAUGCCUGAUCGGCUGGACACGUCCGUGUCGUGCUUUGUGGUGAGGGUCUGGGCCCGAAAAGAGAAGGAAGAGGAGAGGGAGCAGGAGGAGGAGGCGGCCCCGCAGCUGCUCAUUGAGUGGAAAGUCUCCUUGGACGGGCUGAGAUUCCUGGGCCAGCAGAUCCACGCCCGCAACCAGAACGAACUUAUUUUCGGCUUGAACGAUGGCUACUACGGAGCCCCUUGGGAACAGAAGGGUUAUUCAAGCAGCCACAAGAACAACCUCCUGCACGUGGACCAGAACUGUGUCCGAAACUCCUACGAUGUCUUCUCCCUGCUGCGGCUCCACAGAGCCCAGUGUGCAAUCAAGCAGACUCAGGUAACCGUGCAGAGAAUUGGGAGGGAGAUCGAAGAGAAACUGAAACUCACAUCUACGAGCAACGAGUUGAAAAAAGAGAGCGAGUGCCUUCGACUGAAGAUUCUGGUCCUCCAGAAUGAGCUGGAGCGACAACAGCGAGUCCUGGGGCGCGAGGUGGCCCAAUUACAGAAGCAGCAGCUGACAUUGCGGGACCAAGGCAGUGCGUUCGAGGCAGAGCGCCUGAAGCUCCGACUGCAUCAGGAGGCCCUGCGGGAGCUCAGAAAGGCAUGCACGGCCAAGAGAGAGCAGUUCCUGAAGACCAACGCUCAGCUGACCGUCCGCUGCCGUCAGCUGCUGUCGGAGCUCGCAUACAUCUACCCCAUUGACCUGAACGAGCAGAAGGAUUAUUUUGUCUGCGGGGUCAAGCUGCCCAAUUCAGAAGACUUCCAAGCGAGAGAUGACAGCAGCAUUGCGGUGGCCCUGGGCUACACUGCCCACCUGGUCUCCAUGAUCUCCUUCUUCCUCCAAGGGCCACUCCGGUACCCCGUUGUCCACAAGGGCUCCCGGUCCGCCAUCAAAGACAACAUCAAUGACAAGCUGGCUGAUAAAGAGCGCGAGUUCCCGCUCUACCCCAAGGGGGGAGAAAAGUUGCAGUUCGAUUACGGCGUUUACCUUCUGAAUAAGAACAUCGCGCAGCUGAGAUACCAGCAUGGCCUGGGGACUCCAGACCUGAGACAGACCCUGCCCAACCUCAAGAGCUUCCUGGAGCACGGGCUGAUGGUCAGAUGCGACAGGCAUCACGCCUCCAGCGCCAUCCCCGUGCCCAAGCGACAGAGCGCUACCUUCGGGAGCGCCGACGCUGGCUUCUCUGGCGGCCCCCCUUCUCCGGCCCCAGCGCUGCGGAAACGAGCCAGUUCAGAGAGCGAAAGACUGCCGUGCCGAACGCCACCGCCCAGCUACGACUUGGCGGUGGCCCAGCCCACCCCCGGCGCCCGCCACGGAGAGGUAGAGCGGGACUCGGUCUCCCCCUCCUUGAGCCCCUCCUUGGACUUCCCCGAAGGAAGCGAGAGGCGAGGACAGGGGGCAGGGGGCGGCUCCGCCGAGGAGGCCUGGGGGGGCCGGGCCGGCGGCCCCGGGCAGCACGAGGGGCUCACCGACCACCCGGGCGCCGUCAAUGGGACGCUUCUCCCAAGCGAGCCCGCGGGCCCCGCCGCGGGCGCCGAUUUCUGCUGCACGGUGGAGCGGGCCGAGGAGAUCAUCGGGCUGGAGGCCACGGGGCUCAGCGCGGGUGGCCAGCUGGAGGCUUUCGGCUGCAUCCCGGUGGACAGCGCCGUGGCCGUGGAGUGCGACGACCAGGUGCUGGGGGAGUUCGAGGAGUUCUCGCGCCGGAUCUACGCGCUGAACGAGAACGUGUCCAGCUUCCGCCGGCCGCGCAAGGGCUCCGACAAGUGAGCCGAGGCCGGGGGGCCGGCGGGAGGCACCGGCCAGGGGAGGGCUCAGCCGCUCGACCUACAGUUGGCGACGCACCUUCGUUCCGGGUUGACUGUGGGACGGGAGAGAGAGCAGCCAACAGGCCGAGAGGGAGUGUAGACCCCCGGGGGGCUGAGAGGGCACUCGCAGAACCUGUGGAUUCUGCUGGGCAGGUCAGCCCCCGGCCCCGUCCACCCAGGACCCCUGUGGAUUCCCUGGGGCAGGCCAGCCCCCGGCCCCUGCCCACCCAGGACCCCUCAGCGUUCCCCAGGACCAGCGUCUUGGUCCCUGACCACUCAGAUCGCCACUGGCUCAAAGCUCAACCCCGCAACGUUUAUCUGCUUCUGCUAUUUACGGUUCCAUUUUCAUCUGGGAAGGGUACGGUCCUCACUAAGGUCCACAUGCUCCCUCCCCCCCAGCUUGCCGCUUGCCUCAGUUUCCCAACCUUUUGGGAAUCAUUGCUGGAAAUUAUAGACUGUCCCAAGGCCUUUGUCCUCCUGAGGAGUCUGGACCCCUUUCCCUAACGGGUGAAGGAGUCUGUAAGGUCAGCCUUCCCUCCCAUCUGCCCUUUCAAGAUCUCAGGUCUCUGAAUACACUCCCAUAAUCUCACACGCACAAGCAUGUGCAUAUGCGCGCGCACACAGGCACACAACACCGCACCUCCCCUCCCUCGUCCCUCCCUCCCCACACGCACCGCCGCCUCUGGUCCUGCCCCGUCGCGUACCACGUGCGCCUCAGGUAUCGGUGGGUCACCGCCGAUCGGCCGCCUUCCGGGGCUUGACCGCCCUCUCUGCAGCUGGCCCGAAGGAAGGGUAAGGCAGUGUCAGAGGGAUCUGGGUGUGGCCCCCCGGUUCUCUUGGGGUGCAGCUCACCUGCAGGCAGAGGAUCACUUCCACACAGAGCCCCGGCACCGACCGGUUUGGACGGUGAGGGCCGGCAGCCGGAGCUUGCCGACAGUCUGACGGUGGAGGGGGCCUGAUGGCCGAUUCACGGGAGCCCCUCGUGUCCCCGGGCUGGGUGUCACACUGGGGCUCCCUGUCAGCCCCCUCUGGCUGCCGCCUGCCCCCCACCCCACCCCCUCGCUCUGGGUACUCU